CACUCCAGUCCUUAGCAGUUGUAGAAAAAUAAAAUAACAAAUAAUGAAGACAAUUUGUGCAUUCGUUUGCUUGGUAGCAGCAGUGGCAGCUCAAGAUUACCUUCAGCCGGAAGAACUUGACCAUCCGACUUGGUACCUCAGUCCAGAGCACCUCAGAUAUCGUCGGCAACUGUCAGCCGACCCCAAGACUGGUGACGUCACAUACAGCCACAGGACUUCAGACAGUGGACAGAUCUUUGGCACCCUCGGAUCGAGAGGAGACGCUGCCUUUGGGAAAGCGGGUUAUAAACAUAACGUUUUUCAUGAUAACAGGGGUAAAUUAGAUGCCACAGGCUACGGAACUCAUGUUAUUAGCCCAUAUGGAUCGUCAAAUCAGUUCGGUGGUCGCGUUGACUAUACCGGGGAUCAUUCUAAAGCAUCACUCGACGUGAGCAGGCAGAUGCAUGGCAUGACUUCUUUGGAAGCGGCGGCUGGAGCUAGGUGGCCACUCGGCAGGAACGGAGACGUGAGUUUGCAAGGCACUUAUAACAGGAUGGGCCCCUUCCAGGAUUAUGGUGCCAGGGCUGGCCUUAAUUACCGUUUCUAAGCGCGCUAUACGUAAAGAUAAGUAAUGUGCGAUUAUGAUUUAUUUCAUUAUUAUUAUUUUUUUGUAUUAUUUAGUUAGGUACGCAUCAUUUUUGGUCAUAAUUGAUAAAGACUUUAAUUUAUUAUAAGUACCUAAUAAAUUGUUUUUCAACUUAUA